AUGACCAACCAUAACCACCACCACCACAGACUCAUCCACCACCACAACCACCACCUCCUGCCACCGCAUACCACCCGUUCCACCUCCACCAUCCAAGCCUGCGCCGCCUGCCGCUACCAACGCCGGAAAUGUGCCCCAGAUUGCAUUCUCGCACCUUAUUUCCCUCACGAUCGCCAACGUCAAUUCCAAAACGCCCAUAAACUCUUUGGCGUCAGUAACAUCACCAAAAUCAUCCGCCACCUCGAUCAACCACAAAAAGACGAAGCCAUGCGCACCAUCAUCUACCAAGCGGACGUCCGUGCUCAAGAUCCCGUCGGCGGAUGCUACCGAAUCAUCCGCGAACUCCAGCGUCAAAUCGACGUAUCUUGUUCCGAUCUCGAAAUCGUUCUCCAACAGCUGGCAUUUUGUCGAACACUUUCUGUGCAAAACCACACACAUCUUAAUCACGAUCAAAUCGUUAUCGAUGAGGUGAAUUGUGAUAUCCAUGUCGUUAACAAUUCCGAUGAUCCGGUCGCCGGAGAUGAACGUCGUCGUCAUAGUCUUGAUUUUGAUUUACGAAAUUAUCUUUGCACCAAGAAGAAUGUGAAGAUCAUGAGCGAUAUAUUAUUGUAAAGAAGGAUUUGAAGGAAGAAGAUGGUGGGUGGGAAGAGAAUCAGGCGGCGGUGCCGGUUCAAUCGUGGGUCGCCGUGAAUGAUUCAUCACCGCCGUCCGCCGAUGGUUUUGAGGUGAAACCUCAACCAAUACAGACAUUACAUGCUUCAGUAUGUGAUGAAUUCAAAUCGCUUCUGCUUGAUGAUAUUCCACCGGGAGAUAGAAACGAACUCAAAUUCGAAUUCAGAACCAGGUUUGAAUUCAAUCCUUUUUCCAAUAACUUGUUUGUCAAAAUCAUCAAGAAAUUCUUUCGGACCAAUUUGGUGGGAAAAUCACAUUUCGAUUUGAUCCAGUUCUACAUCUGAUGAUGGUUAAUAAAUUCCGUUAAUUGUUCUUUUAUCCAUUUUUUUUUAUCUUUUAUCCGAUUAAAAAAAUUAAUUUUAUGAUUUUAGUCCAAGUGAUUUUUGAUUGUUCAAAAAACAAAAAAUUCAAAAAUGACGAAUAUGCCCCUUAUUUACGGAAUUAUUUAACGGCCUUCAGAGGUAGGGAUCAAAUCCGAACGUUUUGUUAAACUACGAUAGUCAUCUUGUAAUUUCAAAAUUAUAAUGAUGAAAAUUAUUCAACUUCAUUUCAAACGCUAUAAACCAAACAUAUCAAAUAUUUUAAAUCCAUUCAAUUCCAAAUCUUUUCACGAGAUCCAGAUCCCUUGAAAAGAUUCCGUCGAACCAAACAGUUGGUCGUUUUUCA